UGAAAAUAAAGUCAAAAAUAUCGCAAAACGUAAUUAAAAUUUAGAUGAGCCUUAUUAAAUGUGAAAAUCAAAGUUAGAUCAAGGCAAUAAGAAGUCUGUGAAAUUCAAUACUUUUGAUAAAUGAGGAAUCGAACAAUAACAAUAAAAUUAAAAUAAAAAAAAAUGAAUUUGAGAGAAAUUUUUGCAUUAAAAUUUACUAUAAUUUUCUCAUCAUUUUUGACUAUUGGCAUUCAACGAAUCGAAGCAAAUCCUGAUGCCAAAAGGCUUUAUGAUGAUUUAUUGAGCAAUUAUAAUCGAUUGAUUCGUCCUGUAAGCAACAAUACUGAUACAGUUUUAGUAAAGCUGGGCUUACGGCUCUCACAAUUGAUUGAUCUGAACUUAAAAGAUCAAAUUCUAACAACAAACAUCUGGUUAGAGCAUGAAUGGCAAGAUCACAAGUUCAAAUGGGAUCCAUUGGAGUAUGGUGGUGUUACUGAAUUAUACGUUCCAUCUGAGCACAUUUGGCUACCAGAUAUUGUUCUUUACAACAAUGCGGAUGGUGAAUAUGUUGUAACAACUCUAACAAAAGCUAUUCUACAUUAUUCUGGAAAGGUUCUGUGGAAUCCGCCUGCAAUUUUCAAAUCAUCGUGUGAAAUUGAUGUACGAUAUUUCCCAUUUGACCAGCAAACAUGCUUCAUGAAGUUUGGAUCCUGGACGUAUGAUGGAAAUCAAAUUGAUUUGAUGCACAAAAAUCAAGUUAAUACAUCUGUAAAUAUAGUUAAGAUAGGAAUUGAUUUACGAGAAUUCUACCCAUCCGUUGAAUGGGAUAUUCUUGCGGUGCCUGCAGAAAGACAUGAAAAGUAUUACCCAUGCUGCAGUGAAGCCUAUUUGGAUAUAUUUUUCAACAUAACAUUACGUCGUAAAACACUUUUCUACACCGUCAAUUUAAUCAUUCCAUGUGUCGGAAUUUCAUACCUGUCAGUUCUCGUAUUUUAUUUGCCAGCUGAUUCUGGUGAAAAAGUUGCAUUAUGUAUUAGCAUUUUAUUAUCGCAAACGAUGUUCUUCUUGCUUAUAUCAGAAAUUAUACCUUCAACGUCUCUCGCACUGCCAUUGUUGGGAAAAUAUCUACUAUUCACUAUGAUAUUAGUUGGUCUAAGUGUCGUUGUCACUAUUGGUAUACUUAACAUACAUUACCGCAAACCCUCAACACAUAAAAUGGCUCCGUGGGUAAGAAGCUUUUUCAUAAAGACACUUCCUCGUCUAUUGUUGAUGAGGGUGCCAAAAGAUUUGCUUAAGGAGUUGGCAGCCAACAAAAUUAAUUAUGGCAUUAAGGCUGCCAACAAGAAUGCAAGCAAAAAAUCGAAAUUCAAUGCAGCAUUAAAUGCACAAUUCCAAAGCAAUUCGGGAUGUAGUUCACCAGAUUCGAUAAGAGCUAUGCAAGGACGGCCAGGCUGCAAUGGACUUCAUUCUACAACAGCUACAAAUCGAUUCAGCGGAUUAGUUGGAUCUCUGGGUGUCGGAUUAAGUGGUGGAGGAUAUAAUGGACUACCAUCGUUAAUAUCAUCAGGAUUAGAUGACUCAUUGAGCGAUGUUGGUGCCAAAAGAAAAUAUCCAUUUGAAUUAGAAAAAGCUAUUCAUAAUGUCAUGUUCAUUCAACAUCACAUGCAACGUCAGGAUGAGUUUAAUGCCGAAGACGCAGAUUGGGGUUUUGUGGCUUUAGUAUUGGACCGUUUAUUUUUAUGGCUCUUUACAAUGGCGUCACUAUUUGGCACAUUUGCAAUUCUUUGUGAAGCACCAGCACUAUACGAUGAUACUAAGCCAAUUGACAUUGAAUACUCUAUUAUCGCGCAAAAGAUAUUCAAUUUAACAGUCAAGGAUCAUUAAAGUAUGGUUUUGUUCAUCGUUAUUAAGUCACAAGUUAGUCGAUCUUGUACUGAAAUUUUAUGCUGCUUGUGUCAUACAUUUUCAAGCAUCAAAUUGUCAAAUCAUUCAUUCUGUUGUUAAUUCUUAGAAGAAAAUUUAUUCUUCCUUUUUUUAAAUAAAAAAAAAUUAUAUAAAACAAUCGUUAACAUUAACAUUGAUGGAUAUUACAAAACGUAAACGAAUAACGGAGAUUUUUCCUCAUUUUUUUCAUAACAAAAG